AGAGGGUCAACACAGUCUCCUUCCUCAAACGAAAGAAGAAGAAAAGCUCUUCGAAAUCUUCUAUCGCACGCACACACACACACACACACAACAAUCUUUUCUUUCACUGUUCACACGUCAUUAAACGAAAGAUAAGUUGUUGCCUCUUGCCGACCCGCAGCGCGCGAAGGGAAUCGAUUACGUUGCCCGUACUCCCUUCCCUCCCCCCCCCCCAAAGGGAACGAAAGAAGCCACAAAAAUACGCUGUGUUGUUUUGACACCCACACUCUCAUUCUUAGGUUGCUCAGCAUUUUUAAUAUAUAUCUAUAUAAACACAUAUUGCCUGCUUAGUUGCGGCUCGGUGGCCGUUUUGCUGUCUCUCGAUUCGUAAAUCAAAAGAGCGAAUCAGGGAAAGAAUCGCAGAGAAGGCAGUACGGUAGCGUCUUUCUUUAACCGUAUAUAUUUUGCGUGUGAGGACCCGAGGCGGUCACCAGACGUAUCUGGAGAGCAAGAAUCCAUUUUACGUUCAUCGCCAUGGAUCUCGCGGAGAAGCGGAAGCAACUCGAGGCGGUGCGGGCGGCACGCCAGGCAAAGCAGCACGUCGUCGACCAGUACAUGACGGGCCGCUCCCCCGGCGGCAGCAGCACUUCACUCGCCAGCGCCUCCUACGCCUCCACCAUCCCCACAAUGCCACCACCCACCACGUCGGCCGGCGCGGCUGCCCAGCUGCCGGUUCCCAGCGCCAGGCCUUCCUCCUCCUCACCAGCGUCCCCGCCAUCGCCGUCUAGCCCGUCAGCGGGACAUGCCGCAGCCGGUGCGACCGUGAAGAAGAGAGAUCGACUCACUGCGGAGACGACAGCUAGCAGCCCGCGUACGCCGCCAUCCGCCACCGCUGCGCCGGACGACAACGGGAAGACGACGCGCACUCGCGCAGGCGCUGCUCCAACGCCAUCACCCCCGCCGGCGCACGCACCGCAGCGGCCGUCCAGCGCGUCGUCCGCCUCCGCCGCUACGCCAACCUCUCCGCUGCACACGAAACGCAUCCCUGGUGCGACCGCGCCGCUCAUUCAGGUUAUGGCGGUGGACAGCCCGCGUGGCAGCCUGGGGAGUCGCCGCCAGCCGUCGCCCACUUCGAAGGCUCCCCCAGGCAACAUCAACGCUCCUUCAGCUGCAGCACCAAGGGAACCCCCUACCACUACCACUACGGCACCAACCACCGACAAACGUGCUUCGCCGGGUAGUGGCGGCGGAGCGGACGCGCGGGCACGCACCGCAAAAAAGCCGGCGGUGCACGUCGACGUACACCCUGACGGUCGCAGCGGGUGGAGUGCGCUACAACACUGCAUGCGUGGCGGCGGCGCGGCGCAUGACCCCUCAGCUGAGACCUCCACCUACCCAGUAUGUGUCUUUAACCCCGCUGCCGUGUUGGGCGACGCGACGGGGCCGUCGGACAGCAUCCGGCGGCGUGUCAUCUUAGACGCGAUGGCCUGCCUCGUGCCCUAUGAAGGGGCGGCGGGUCUCCUCGGCGACUCCGGCGAGAGCGCGAGCGACUCGACGAUUUGGUCGGUUUGCGUGGCGGCCACCUACGGAGCGAAGAAUCCGCUGUACACGGAGGUGGCGAACAGCGGCGACUACCCGGCGGCGAGCAGCGCGGUGCGGCGCGGGAGUGCAGAGGGUGGUGCUGUUACUAGUGCUGGCACCGACGCGCACAGCGGACGUGGUGGUGGUGGUGGCAGUGUGAACUACAUAAACCGGACGGCCGAGUCGGCCCUGGAGUGGGUCCGGGCGUCGAUGGAGUGUGGCUUCCCAUGGGGCUCCGCCUCAGCUGCCCAGACCGCUGUCCCGGGUACCACGAUGGACGCUGCGCUGCACGUGGCGCGGGAGUCGCCGGGGUUAGUGUUGGCGUGGUUCAUGGUCCCGCUGCCCGCCAACACGCUUCCGCGCAGUGCCGGGACGCUCUACGCAGAGUCUCCGACGAGCGCCUUCGCACCACCGCCACGCAGCGCAGGCGCCUCCGCCGCCGCCGCCCAGGCGGACUACGUGGUGGUGGUCGUGCCACUUGUCUGCGACUCCGAAGUGACGACGCUGCUGGCGCAUCCCUUCCAGCCGUCAACGCUGCUCGGCGGCACGCGCUGCGGCCGCGUCGUGCAGUGGUCGCUCGGCAGCGCGUGGGCGCAGGUGGAGCCGCGCCGGCUGGUGGAGCGCGCGCUGGCCACGACCGGCACGGCGACGACGCUGCUGUUGCCGCCGCAACGCCCGACGCACUCGUCGUUUCCGUCGCCGCAGGCGCAUCAAGCGCCGGUGCUGCGCAUGGCCAUCCACGGGGACCUCAGCUGCCACCACCUUUACUCCAUCAGCCAGGAGGGGAAGGUGUGCACCUGGACCGCCUGGCAGCCGCUGCACCCCACCGCGUCGUGUCUGUCCUACCUCGGCAUUCGACCCAUGGGCAACAUCGGCGUCACCGCGCGCUUCGUCGAGAGGCCGGGGACGGAUGCCAUGACGCAAGUCUUUAUCGGUACCACAUCCGGUGCCCUGCUCAUCGGCGCAAACCGAGACGCGAAGUCCAUCGAAUUGCAGUACUACGGCCCGCCCCGCCCUGUGCCGACGUCGUCGACGGUGAUCAAGACGCUGGAUGUCACGGCGAUUCAGCCUGCUGCGGCGCCUGCCACGCCGACGCCGGCGGCGACACUAAGCAACGCCCCCAACUUCACCACCGCACCUGGAGAGGGAGGAGGAGUUGUGGUCUCGCCAUCCGGUAAGGGCCCUUCGGCGGAGUCGUGGGCGGGCCUCGGGGCGCGGGACCCGACGGCGGCUCCGGCGGGCGAUCACACCGUAGGAGAGAGCCCCGGCGGCAGCAUGGGCGGGGCGACCGGGUCGCGUCGACCGCCCUCCUCGCCCUCCUCCGCGUUGCUGCGGCAACCAAGUCAGCGGUCGCCGACGCUGCCAUCACCCCUGCCGCCGCAGCCGCAGCGGCUGUCUCCGUCGUUGUUGCCGCCGCCGCCGCCCCCGCAGCCCCACCACGGCCGCAUCGUGUCCAUGACCCUGCAGACCGCUACCCAAGGCUUCCGUGGCCAGGACUGCGUCGUCUCCGCCGCCACCGACGGCUCGUGCGUGGCUUGGUUUCAGCGCAGCGCGAUCCCGCUCGAGGGCUUUUCCUCGGCCGUCACGAGCGUCUGCUGGUCGCCGACGAAGCCCGGCGUGCUGGCUGCCGGGGACUCUGGCGGGAUGGUGACGGUGUGGGCGGUGAACGUGUCCAUCAUCACACCCGUCGCGACCGUGUCGCUGCGCGAGGCGAGCCGUCGCACCCGCGGCAGCGCCACGUCGGAUGCGGUGCUGUGGGUGGUGGUCGGCCCGAGCGACGCCAUUGGCCGCAGCGCCGGCGCCGCCGGCUUCUUCGGUGAAGCCACCGCGGAGGAAGACGAGGAGGACGAGGACGUGGGCGACGCGGAUGCCUCGUUUGGGCAGGUGGACGCGGUCGGGGCCGCGAUCUCGUCCCUGUUCUUCUCGCGUGACGGCCGGUGGCUGUUUGCGAGCACGGCGUGCGGUUACGUCUACUCCAUGCGGCUAAGCGCCUUACUGGCGUAG